AUGUCAUCGGCGCCGGCGCCUGUCUCUGUUCCUGUUCCAGGGCCCGACAUGACGGGCCAGCAAAAGGCGGAAAACGCGCUUGCGGAGUCUGGGACCUCCUCGUCAAAUUAUAAGGGGUUUGUAGCGGGUGUCUUCUCGGGUAUUGCAAAGCUAAGUGUGGGCCAUCCAUUCGAUACUGUUAAGGUUCGUCUACAGACUAGCAAAGAUGCUCAGUUCCGAGGACCGCUGGAUUGUACGUUGCAGACUCUGCGGAAGGAGGGAGUACGCGGGUUUUACAAGGGAGCUACGCCGCCGCUGGUCGGAUGGAUGGUGAUGGACUCUGUCGCGCUGGGAUCCUUGAGCAUAUACCGCCGAUUCCUACUUGAGAAUUUCUACUCAAAACCGCAUAUCCGCCGUUACAUCCCCUUCACAGGCAAACAGUCCGAUCCUGCAAUCCUUCCUAGUUUCGGUCAUGGCAUUGCAGGUAUCAUGGCCGGCACGACGGUCAGCUUCUUCGCAGCCCCGGUCGAACACGUGAAGGCUCGCUUGCAGGUACAAUACGCGGUCGACAAGUCGAAGCGCAUGUACAGCGGGCCGAUUGACUGUCUCCGCAAGCUGGUUUCCACACACGGCAUCAGCGGCCUCUACCGCGGCCUCUGGGCAACGAUCUUCUUCCGUUCCUUCUUCUUCUGCUGGUGGGGUUCAUACGACAUCCUCACCCGCUACUUCAAAAAUAACACCACGAUGUCUGCGCCUGUCAUCAACUUCUGGGCCGGCGGUAUCUCCGCCCAAUGCUUCUGGGUCACAGCUUACCCGUCCGACGUCGUCAAGCAGCGUCUUAUGACCGAUCCGAUGGGCGGUGCGUUGAAUGAUGGCAAGCGACAGUUCCGCGGCUGGAAGGAUGCUGCGGUUGCUGUAUGGCGUGAACGUGGGUGGAGAGGGUACUGGCGGGGCUUUGUACCGUGCUUCCUGAGGGCGUUCCCGGCGAAUGCGAUGGCUCUGGUUGCAUUCGAGGGGGUAAUGCGUUACUUACCCUAA